UCGAUUUCCAGCCCUAGUUCUUUUUCCUUUCUGUCACGACUCUUCUCUUCUCUACUGACAAAACCAAUAAAGAAUCAGUCAUCAGUGAAGAACCAAGAAAAACACUUUACAGAAGGAUUUUUGUUCAGUUUGUUUCUGAAUAGACAGUAGAUCUUUGGUGAUUCUUCUGGUGAUUCGUUUUUCUAACUGUAGUUCAGAAAGUGAAAGUAAAGUUUAGAUCGCUGGAGCUCAAAGAGUGAAAAUGGCGUCACUGUCUGAAGAUGAUUUUUCUUGUCCUGUAUGUCAGGAAAUCUUCAAGAAUCCUGUUGUUUUAUCAUGUAGUCACAGUGUCUGUAAAGAGUGUCUUCAACAGUUCUGGAGAACCAAGAAGACUCAGGAGUGUCCUGUCUGCAGGAGAAGAUCCUCAAAAGAUUUUUCUCCUCCUAAUCUUGUGUUAAAAAACUUGUGUGAGUCGUUCCUGAAGGAGAGAAAUGAGAGGCGUUCAUCAGGAUCUGAGGAGAUCUGCAGUUUACACAGUGAGAAACUCAAACUCUUCUGUCUGGAGGACAAACAGCCGGUGUGUGUAGUGUGUAUGAAUUCACAAAAACACCACUAUCAUAAAUUCAGACCCAUCACUGAAGUGGUUUCGUCAUAUAAGGAGGAGCUCAAUACAGCACUGAAAUCAUUACAGGACAAACUAAAACACAAUGAAGAAAUGAAAGGAGAGUUUGAGAAAACAGCUGAACACAUCAAGUCUCAAGCUGAGCACACAGAGCGUCAGAUUAAACAGCAGUUUGAGAAGCUUCAUCAGUUUCUCAGAGAUGAAGAAGAAGCUACAAUCACUGCACUGAGGGAGGAAGAGGAGCAGAAGAAGCAGAGGAUGAAGGAGAAGCUGGAGGAGAUCAACAGACACAUCUCAGCUCUUUCACACACAAUCAAAGACACGGAGGAGAUGAUGAACACCAGUGACGUCUGCUUUCUGAAGGAGUUUCCAGUCUCAAUGGAAAGAGUCCAGAUCUCACAGCCGGAUCCACAGACGCCUUCUGGAGCUUUGAUUCGAGUGCCGCGUUACUUGGGCAACCUGUCGUUCAGAGUCUGGAAGAAGAUGCAGGACGUCGUCCAGAACACUCCUGUCAUUCUGGAUCCAAACACGGCAAAUCCAGAUCUCAUGGUGUCUGAUGAUCUGACCAGUGUGAUAAACAGCGAGAACAAACAACCUGUUCCUGAUAAUCCAGAGAGAUUUGACCAGUGUUUCUGUGUUCUGGGUUCAGAGGGUUUGAGCUCAGGAACACACUGCUGGGAUGUGGAGGUUAAACAGAGUAAAUGCUGGAGAAUUGGAGUAACUACAGCAUCAAACCAGAGGAAGGGACAGGAUUUCUUCAACACUGGUGUCUGGUUUGUGUGGUACAAUCCGUAUAGACUGUCUUUAGGUUCUGGUUUUCGUGUUAAACAGGAUCUUGAUCGUGUGAGAGUGAAUCUGGACUAUGACGGAGGAAUGGUGUCAUUCUCUGAUCCUGUAACUAACACACAUCUACACACAUUCACAACCACCUUCACUGACACACUCACACCAUUCUUCUAUAAUUAUGAUGAUUCUUUCUCUCUGAAGAUCUUACCUGUCAGUAGUCAGUAAUCUGUAGGUCUGGAUCUUCCUGCUUUCAUCUUUCAUCAUGUUUUAAUAUUUAAUCCAGAUCACAUGAGUAAGAGACUGUUGAUCUGAACAUCAGAUCACAAAACAAGGACAUUUAUUCAUCUUUAAAAAUGAGAAAUUAAGACACGUGAUGAAGGGUUCAAAAAAAUCAUCUUAAUCAUAUCUGACCAAUGAGUAACAGUGAUGUGUCACAAAUCCCUGCCCAUCACACCCUAGCAACAACAUAGCAACCACCUAGCAACCACUCAUAACACCCUAGCAACUGCAUAGCAACACCCAGAGCUGCUGGAUGAUUUCAUGACCAAAGUAGUGGAAUAAAAAAAAAACGAUCCCCGAUUCUUUUUAGAGAAUCAGUCGCAUAUGACGCAAGCAGUGUCUCUUAAAAUCAUUUAUUUGUAAUAAACAAUGCAAUCUUUAAAAUACUAGAUGGAAUUAAUUUCUUUCUGCUUUGUGAUUUGGAUGAACCUCAUUGUCAGUGAAACUUCCAUCAGCAAGUGCUGCCUUAUUGAAACUAUUGUUCAAACAUAACUUUACUCACAACUCUCCAGUUUGGAACAAUAGAUAUACAACAUUAUUUAUUUAUUUUUUUUUCUCGAGGAAUGGAAAUCCGAACGGAUUUGGGUUAUUGCCUAUAAUUGGGGAUUGAGGAUGACAAUGUAAAUGUGCUACUGCAUAGAGAGUUUUGUCAGUUGUGUUUUGGUUCAUGUUUGUGUCACCAGAAAGAUGUUCAAGGAGACGAAAGCAGCGCAUUCUGUUGUUUUCUAUAUUUUUCAGUGGGAUGAAUUUUGCAGUCGUUUUUAUUUUACACAAAAAGACAUUUUUUUCGUUUCGAAUGAUGUCCUGCUCUUAUCUGUAUGACUGUAAAUGACCGAGUAUUAAGUUGUUUCCGCUGCUGAGGAAAGAAAUUGAAGUGACGGUGCUGGCGCCUCGCGCGCUCACACAAUCAGAGCACUGUUUAUUAUCAAAGUAAAACACUGUCAACCAAACAUAUUAAACGUUAUUAUGAUUAAUUAAAUGUGUAUGUUGUAUAGUAGCCUAUAGGCUAAAGGUAUCAUCACUUGUAUAGUUUCUGACGGUUAUUUUACUUGCAUAUUGGGACCCAACUGAAGAAGCCUUCUUUACAAAAAUAUUUUAGCAGGUAAAUCACAAACAGGUUAUAGACACUUUGGACCGAAUGAGAGAUGCAAGUCCAAUAUGUGUUAAAAUACGUUUAUAUAUAUGUUGGAAGAAAUGUUGUUUAUAAUGGAACUAAUUGUUUUCUGAAUACCAUUUAUUUAAGGAUUUGCCAUAAAGUGAGGUGACGUAAAUGUUAAUGUUUAUGUGUACAAUGACAGCGCGGAGAAAAGGCACAAGGACUUGCUCUGGAAGUUUAGUUGGCAGAGAAAAUAAUCAAUUAUUUGACAACAAUUAUUACCCAAUAUUAAUGAAAUAAACUCAGCAAAAACAAAGUUAUGACUGCUGUGUAUUUACACUUCACUACUGGUCUGUACUUGACAGGGCGCGUUUAUUUAACCCAUUGCAACUUAUUGGAACUGCAUGAACUAUAGGUUAGGCCUAAUCACCUUGUUAUUAUCUGAUUUAUU